UUUGCAUGCGGCAGCAGGAGAGGCGCUUCUGCUGGAGCGAAGGAGGCGUCCGAAGCGUGUUUAUCGGCUGUCAGUGUGUCAUAUGCGGCUACGGCGCGGGUUCAGCAACACCUUUGACCGCGCGAGCUCACCUGCGGUGCGGCUGCGUUGAACAGCGACCCCAACGAGCGUGACGGACGUCGUCGCACCUGCCGGUGGAUCAUGAACAAAGACGCCGUCUCCUGCAUCGUUGUGUGCCGCAGCGAACCGAACCAAGCCGCGUGCGGUUCCGCUCCCAAACGGGGGGGCUGUUUCUAAAGCUUGCGGUGCUAACAGAAGCGUUACUGAAACGCAGGGCAUUUGGACUUGUCUGUUACGGACCGAACCGAACCUUCCUUCAUUUUUUACUUAUUUAUUUGUGUUAUCGGACAAUAAAAAAAAAAAACAAUAGGCAAACGCACUUCCAAUUAUAGCCAUGAUGAAUAUUAAAAUGUUUAUGUGAGAACAUUCCCAUUGGAGCAGCGUUAAAACGAAAGAUGUGGGUCAGUCCUGAAGAUGUGCUGCUGGCAGGCGCGUUAUGGAUCACCGAGAGAGCGAAUCCAUACUUUAUCCUCCAGAAACGGAAGGGGCACGGGGAUGGAGGCGGGGGGCUGGCUGGUUUGCUGGUGGGAACCCUGGAUGUGGUUCUGGACUCAAGCGCUCGGGUGGCCCCCUACAGGAUCCUCUAUCAGACUCCUGACUCCUUGUCAUACUGGAUCAUUGCUCACGGAACCUCCCGUAAGGAGAUCACAGAGCACUGGGAGUGGCUAGAGCACAAUCUUCUGCAGACACUCUCCAUUUUUGAGAAUGAGAAUGACAUCACUACCUUUGUCAAAGGGAAAGUGCAGGGGAUUAUAGCGGAGUACAGCAAGAACCAGGACAUUAAAGACGAUGACGACACUGACAAGUUCAAGGAGGUCAGCGCCAAGUUUCGGAAGCUGUUUGGAAUGCCUGAAGAAGAGAAGCUGGUCAACUAUUACUCCUGCAGCUACUGGAAGGGGAAGGUCCCCCGGCAGGGAUGGCUCUACCUCAGCAUCAACCACCUCUGCUUUUAUUCACAUUUGUUAGGAAAAGAAGUCAAACUGGUGGUGCGCUGGGCUGAUAUCACCCAGUUGGAGAAGAGUGCCACCCUCCUCCUGCCUGAUGUGAUCAAAGUGAGCACGCGCUCCAACGAGCAUGUCUUCUCCGUCUUUCUGAACAUCAAUGAGACCUUCAAGCUGGCAGAGCAGCUGGCCAACAUCGCCAUGCGCCAGCUGCUCGACAACAAAGGCUUCGAACAGGACCGAUCGCUGCCCAAGCUCAAGAAGAAGUCGCCCAAAAAGGUGUCCGCAUUAAAGAGGGAUCUGGAUGCGAGAGCCAAGAGUGAGCGUUACCGGGCGCUCUUCCGACUCCCCAAAGAUGAAAAGCUGGACGGACACACAGACUGCACCCUGUGGACUCCUUUUAACAAGAUGCACAUUUUAGGUCAAAUGUUUGUUUCCACCAACUACAUCUGCUUUACCAGCAAGGAGGAGACUCUGUGCAGCCUCAUCAUUCCUCUGCGGGAGGUGACGAUAGUGGAAAAAGCGGACAGCUCCAAUGUGUUGCCCAGCCCGCUUUCAAUCAGCACCAAGAACCGCAUGACCUUUUUGUUUGCCAACCUGAAGGACAGAGACUUCCUGGUGCAGAGGAUCUCUGAUUUCCUGCAGCAAACCACCUCCAAAAUCUGCCUGGAGAAAGAGUUGAACGGCAGCUUCAACAGCUCAGAUGACGAGGUGUACUCCCAGCAUGGCUCUGUGCUCUCUAGCAGUCCUCAACACAGCUCCGGUUCAGAGACUGAGCGAACGUUCAACCUGAAUGACACCAGCGUGCCCACAGCAACAGAGGCGCUCAUGACCAUGUACCGACGCCGCUCACCUGAGGAAUUCAAUCCCAAACUGGCAAAAGAGUUCUUGAAAGAACAGGGGUGGAAGAACCACUUUGCAGAGUAUGGAGAGGGGGUGUGCAUGUACCGCACAGAGAAGACCAAGGAGCUGGUUCUCAAAGGGAUUCCUGAGAGCAUGAGAGGAGAGCUGUGGCUGCUCUUCUCUGGGGCCAUCAAUGAAAUGACCACUCACCCUGGUUACUAUGAAGACCUAGUGGAGAAAUCGAUGGGAAAGUACAACCUUGCUACUGAGGAGAUUGAGCGGGACCUGCACCGCUCCCUGCCCGAGCACCCAGCUUUUCAGAAUGAAAUGGGAAUCGCUGCUCUCCGCCGCGUUCUCACAGCGUAUGCUUUCAGAAACCCCAACAUCGGCUACUGUCAGGCUAUGAAUAUUGUGACAUCUGUGCUGCUGCUUUAUGCUAAAGAAGAGGAGGCUUUCUGGCUGCUGGUGGUGCUCUGUGAGAGGAUGCUCCCCGACUACUACAACACUCGGGUUGUAGGAGCCCUUGUUGAUCAGGGGGUGUUUGAGGAGCUCGCCCGUGAGUACGUUCCUCAGCUGUACGACUGCAUGCAGGACCUCGGUGUGAUCUCCACCAUUUCCCUCUCCUGGUUCCUCACUCUCUUCCUAUCUGUGAUGCCGUUUGAGAGCGCAGUGGUGGUUGUAGACUGUUUUUUCUACGAUGGCAUCAAGGUCAUUUUUCAGUUGGCGCUCUCUGUGCUGCACGCCAACAUCCACCAGCUGCUGGGCUGCAAAGACGACGGAGAAGCCAUGACUGUUCUGGGCAGGUACCUGGACAGUGUGACCAACAAAGACAGCACCCUCCCUCCCAUCCCCCACCUGCACUCUUUACUGACCGACAACGGAGAGCCACAUCCAGAAGUCGACAUCUUCAAACUGGUCUGCAAUUCCUAUGAGAAAUUUGGCUCCAUUCGAGCAGAUGUGAUUGAACAGAUGCGAUUCAAACAGAGAUUGAGGGUCAUUCAAACUAUUGAGGAUACAACAAAACGCAACGUGGUCAGAACGAUUGUAACUGAGACGGCUUUCAGUAUUGAUGAGUUGGAGGAGCUUUUUGUUCUCUUUAAGACUGAACACCUAACCAGCUGUUACUGGGGCGGCAGCAGUAACCCUACAGAGCGUCAUGACCCCAGUUUACCAUACCUGGAGCAGUACCGCAUUGAUGUGGAGCAGUUCAAGGGUCUGUUCAACCUGCUGUUCCCCUGGGCAAACGGAGCCCACUCGGACCCCCUGGCUGCUCGCGUCUUCCGUCUGCUGGAUGAGAACGCAGAUGGGCUCCUCAACUUCCGGGAGUUCAUCAAUGGACUGGGGGUUCUUUAUCAUGGAGAUCUCACCGAGAAGCUGAAGCUCCUCUACCAGAUGCAUGUGUUACCUGAGUUCUCUCCUGAACAGGAGCCUGACUCUGCCUUUGAAGCCACCCAGUAUUUUUUUGAAGACAUCACUCCAGAAACCUCCAUUGGUCACGACUCCAAGUGCAGAAGUGAGAAAGAUGACGGAUUUGUCCGCGUCACAUUCAAGACUGAAAAAGUGAAGAAACUGAACACUCCAGAUUACCGUCACUACCUGAAACUGUGGAACCAGGAGACAAAACCUAAACGAGAAAACACCAAAGACCUCCCAAAGCUGAAUCAGAGUCAGUUUAUUGAACUUUGCAAGACCCUCUACAGCAUGUUCAGUGAGGAUGCAGCUGAACAAGAGCUGUAUCACGCCACAGCAACAGUCACCAGUUUGCUGCUGGAAAUGGGGGAAGUAGGGAAACUUUUCACCUCCUGCACCAGAAAGGAACGCAGCCACGCGGGCAAAACCGAGAUGAGCACGUCCACGAGACGUUUCUCUGAUCUCAAACCCAGCCAGGAGGGCCAAGAUGUGGGAGACGCGUUUCUCCCGACUGGUCAUGGGAACAAAUCGAGCCCCUGCGAGGAGGAAAAAGCUGGUAGUGACCAGCUGCCGCCCAUGCAAGAUAUCAAGCUGGAAGAAUCCCCUAAAGACACAGGCACGUCCUCUGCCAUGCUCAUCUCCGACGACGAAACCAGAGAUGACACCUCCAUGUCCUCUUACUCCGUGCUCAGCGCAGGCUCUCAUGAACUGGAGGAAAAGCUUCAGUGUGAAGACAUUGCGGAUGACACCGUGCUGAUCCGCAGCGGCGCCGGCGGUGACCGGGUCAGUGGAGCUCACAGCAGCAGACUGCCGGACAGAGGCCUGCCGCACAGCACAAGCAUAGACAAAGACUGGGCCAUCACAUUCGAGCAAUUCCUGGCCUCUGUCCUCACCGAGCAGGCCCUGGUGCAGUAUUUUGAGAGGCCAGUGGAGGUGGCUGCCUCCAUAACUAAUGCCAAGAACAAGAGGAAAAUUAGGCGCCCCCUGCUGUCAGCGAGUGACUAUGAGAUCUCUCUUUCCGGAUAAGACUCCAGUCUAAGGAACUGUGCUGUCCUGAAAGGAGGGGAGGAAUUUUUAAGAAUGAAAGUAAAUGUGGGAGUAAAUGUAAACACAGCAGCUUCUUUUAUAGGAAAUGUAAGAGUUUUAUUGUAACAAUCAUUAGAGUCUGUCCAGCACAGAGAAAGCAACACAUUAAUUUAUCAAUAGCUCAGAUAAAGUCAGUGUGAUCGUAUAGCAUCUGUACAUUAAAAGACAAUAUGCAUUCAAUGUUCGUAUAAUAAUCUCUUGUACUUUCAGAUGUAUAAUCCAUAGACACUAUAUCACAUUUAUCACAUUUAGUCAGAUUGUUGCGUUACUUUACAUCUUAAUGCUGUCAAAAGCUUUUUGCUAUAUACAGCAAAUUUAAACUACUAAAACAAAAAAGUUCAACAGUGAAGUGAAUUUUUACAUGUUUCUAUGUCACCUGUGCUGUUCGCCACAAACUCAACUGUGACCUGCUGAGUUUGAAAGUGAUAGUGGUCAUUCCUGUUUUUCUUUUGCUAUAAAUCCUCACUGGUAAUUUAUGCUGGAUUAAGGAAAUAUGAUCUGGUUUUUAAUCUUGAAGAUAUACUGUAGGAAUUUAUUACACUAAAAUGUUUUUUUUUCUCCCUUGAUUCAUUUUUUGUUUUCUACACAAUUGUUUUUAUAAAUCUGUCUACUCUGUGCAUUUUUUCUUUUUUUUAAACAUUUUUUGUUAUGUCGGUGGGUUUAUUUUUAUUUGAUUAUUGCUCUGGAUGUUGAUGUAUCACUAAUUAAAAUUACAUCAUUUAUUCAG